AUUCUCCUCAUCCACUGCCCCCCCCUAAUGCCAACAAAACAACAACCUUGAAAGCAUGGAAGCCACAAUUCGCGAGGUUGAGCUGGCCAUCAUCAGCUUCUUCAACCCUGACAUCCAAACCCUGGACGAUGUCAAGACACGUCACAUGCCCCUCACAAAGAUUGAGGAGCCGACAGUGCUGGUGUUCAUCUACCUGGCCUUCAUCUUCAUUGGCUCGCACAUCAUGAAGUCGGUGUACGGCAGUCAGCUGCCACCCAAGACGGAGAAGAAGGGCUUCCUCAUGAAGGCUGCUCUGCUGCUGUACAACGUGACACAGGUUGUGCUGUGCACGUACAUGUGCCUCAGCGCCCUCUACGUUGCCUUUGUCAAGAACUCCUACAGCUGGGUUGGCAGCCCCUUUGACCUCAACAAGCUCGACAUGGCCCGUAUCUUGCACAUUUUCUAUCUGUCCAAGGUGCUCGACUUUCUCGACACCGUCUUCAUGGUCCUGCGGCGCAAGUGGAACCAGAUCUCCUUCCUCCACGUCUACCAUCACGCCAGCAUCCUCAUGGUGUAUUGGGUGAACGUCAACACUGGCUAUGAUGGUGAUAUCUACUUUACUGUUGUGCUCAACUCCUUCAUCCACGCCAUCAUGUACUCGUACUACGGACUCACGGCGGUUGGCGUGACUGUGCCGCGCAACAUCAAGCGGUUGAUCACGCACAGCCAGCGCAUCCAGUUUGUGCUGAUGAUUGCGCAGGGCGUGGUGAGCCUGGCCAUCGACUGCCCGUUCCCGCACCGCGUGCUGUACAUGUAUCUCAUCUACAUUGCCUCCAUGCUCUUCCUCUUCACGGACUUUGAUCGCAAGACAUACGCCAAGAAGGACGACAAGAAGCCAAAGUCCUCCUAAGACGCACCUUCGUGCAUGCGUGCGUGCGCACAUCUGUGUGUGUGUGUUUGGGAUGGGGGGGGGGGUAAAUGAAGGAUGUGCAGCAAGUUCUCGCGUGAUCGAUGCUGCUCUGCCUUUCCCCGCCUCUUGCUGUGUGUCAUGUGUGCCUGCUUCUUGCUUGGUUGCUUGCUUGUUGCUUGUCUUGCUUGUGUAGAUUGUGCCUGUCUCCCGUGUGUGUUCCCUUGCUUGCUUGCCUGCUUGUUUUGGUUGUGUAGAUUGUGGUGUUGUCAGUGGAGUGCGUGCUGCUGCUUGCUUCUUGCUUCCUUUGCUUGUUGGUUUGUGGCGAAGAGAUUGAAAGAAAGAAAGAAAGCAAAACAAAUCCG